ACUUAGUGUUGAUUCCUGGUUUUAUUGUAUUGUAUUGUGUUAAAGUUUCCGACCAGGGUGAAGUCCUAAAUCACCUCCUCUUAAAUCGGUCUGUAGUCCCUUGGUGGGUAGAAGUACAUGUAGUUGUCAUAAUAGCAACACUGAUUUACAGCGAAUAUGACUAGGAUUUGAAAGUGGUGCUUGUAAGUCACUUAUUUUAGUAUAAACUCGAGUUUCCGUUUUUCCAGCUGACUUUUAACAUUCAAACAGAAUACAUAUUCUCAGUAAAAUUCUUAGAGCUUAAAAUUCUAGGUUUGUCUUUUAUGGGGAAAAUGGUCCCAGCCUGUUUUCUAACAACCACUACUCAAAACCAGAUACCUGUGAAAAAAUUAAGAGGCAUUUUUUAAAGCGGAACAGGAGGACUUUCUAACAGCCCGUCAAUGUUUAACAAUUUUAAUGAGCUUUUAGAACGUGUCAUGUUUUAGCUGUGAAUCAUUUCGCAGUAGAGUCUGUGGCUUUCCUGCCAAAGUUAUCUUUAGUGAGAGCUGGAUACUUGCAGCCAGAUUUGGAGUGACGUGAGUGUGCGCAAAGCUGGAAGCAGAUUCCACGAGAGACCCAAACGUCGGAGGGGGCUGUUUAGAGUGUCUGAGCCUUGUUUCUCUCAAUGCGCCCUCUGACGAUCUUCGCCACAUUCUCCUGCCGCUCCCAUUCCAGGGACUAACUCAGAACGGCUUGGGAAUCGGUGACUUGGGUGAAUGAACUCUCUCUCUCCCCCACAUUCCUGGCUUCCUUCGUCAACUCAUGGCAUGUGUGCGGACUUUAAGCUUUCAAGUGCGAGACGGUGACAGACACAGGGGAUGACUUGCAUUUGCCUGGGAGAUGGGGUUUGCGUGUUGGCACCUUCUUUCCCUUCCCAUGUGCCGAAUUAGGCCAAGCUCAUUUGGUUUCAGCGAAGGCGGUUUUCCUCGGUUCACUGAGAAGCCGUGAUUGCCUAGUGGUGACCAGAGGAGAAAGGGCGGUCCUGGGAGUGUCACCCCGAAGAGAGGCCGUAUAAAUCAAGCGUGCGUUUUCAAGCAAGAAAAUGUGUCCAAGUCACAGAGGAGCGUAAUUUGGCUUCUGGAGACGUGAGCGUCUUGACUUCUCCUCGGUUUAUGCAGAACUGUCCCUCGAGCUUGUGCGUGCCAAGCCCCGUGCGUCGGCAGUGAGGAGCGCAGAGACCGGUUCCUGCCGUCCGUCCGCCCUUACUGAGCACCGAGGAAGUGAUUCCUGAGAGAGAGAAUCAUCAUUUUUGGUAAACGAACCAAUCCCAGAAUGUGAAUAGUGUGGAACGUUAUCUGCUGACAGCUCUUUGCAACAGACUUCCUCCCCGCACUUACCCUGCGGCUUAGCUUUCCAGCCAGAGGUUCCUCUUAUCCAGCAAAAAAUGGCUAACCCGAAGAUGAGACUGAUGUAUAUUUGUCUCCUGCUCGUGGGGGGCCUUUGUUUGUACGUCAGCAUGUCCGGCCUGAGUCCCUUUAAAGAGCAGCCCUUUGCUUUCAAGAAAGAGUACGGGAGCUUCCUCCAGCUCCCAGACAUGGACUGCAGGCAGAACCCCCCCUUCCUGGUCCUGCUGGUGACUUCGUCCCACAAGCAGCAGGACGCCCGCAUGGCCAUCCGCCAGACGUGGGGGAGAGAGAGGAUGGUGAACGGAAAGCUGGUGAAAGCCCUCUUCCUCCUGGGGACCACGGCCAGCAAGGCCGACACGAGGGCGGUGGCCGAGGAGAGCCGGCGCCACCGGGACGUGAUCCAGAAGGACUUCGUGGACGCCUACUACAACCUGACGCUGAAGACCAUGAUGGGCAUGGAAUGGGUGCAUCACUUCUGUCCCCAGGCCACGUUCGUGAUGAAGACAGAUUCAGACAUGUUCAUAAACGUCAACUACCUGACCGAGCUGCUCCUGAAGAAAAACAGGACCAGCAGGUUUUUCACCGGUCACUUGAAGCUGAACGAGUUUCCGAUCAGGAACAGCUUCAACAAGUGGUUCGUCAGCAAGUACGAGUACCCGUGGGACAAGUACCCGCCCUUUUGCUCGGGCACCGGCUACGUCUUUUCCGGGGAUGUGGCGAGCCGGGUGUUCAACGUCUCGGAGAGCGUCCCGUACAUCAAGCUGGAGGACGUGUUCGUGGGGCUCUGCCUGAAGAAGCUGCGCAUCCGGCUGGAGGAGCUGCACUCGGAGCGCACCUUCUUCCCGGAGGGCCUGCGCUUCUCCACCUGCCGCUUCAGGAAGGUCGUGGCCUGCCACUUCGUCAAGCCUCAGGAUCUCGUCAACUACUGGCAGGCCGUGGAAAGUUCCCGGGAGGAGGACUGUCCGGCUGCGUGAGGGGCUUGGUGAUACCUCCAGACAGGGUCAGAUGACUGCAGUGAUGGUGGCCGAAAGGUUUUGACACCUUGCUGGGAGCUGGCCAGGGUGGGGACAUGAGGGCGCUGUCCUCUGUACUCCGAAUCUACACCCAGACACAAGCUCACAGGAAGCCACUGGUUAGUUCUCGCUUGGUGCCAUCCUUUGAGCACCCAACACGGCUGUACCAGGUGUUUGAUUUACCCCUGCAGUUUCGCAUUUCAGGGGUCAGUAGCCACAUGGCGUGGUGGGUGUGAUUGUUCCCACUUUACAGAUAAGGAAACAGCAGCCAAGAAAGGUAAAGAGACUUGACCCAAGCUCAGAGCAGGGAUGGAAAUGGAACAUGCCAGAAUGCAAUGGGCAGCCCCCAGCCUGGGCCAUCCCCUGUGCCGCCUGUCUUGGCAGAGGGCCGUGGUGACACAGGCUCCGAGGGAAGCCUUGCGGCUGGCAUCCUUCAGUACCUAUCCGGAGUCCCCCGCAUGCCAGCUCCCAAUCCCUGUGCGUUUUAGUGCAAAGACUGGGUGGAGCAAACGCACCGGGUUCCUGCCUGCGCAGGGUCGGGCGUGGCCGGGCCCUGCGGCAUUGGCAGCUCUGCACCCAGCAUGCGCGGAAGCACAGCCCGGGGCAGAGGACGUGCCGCCAUGGCCGCAGCUCAGCCGCUGAGCAAUGCCCAGCUCCGGACAGAAAUCAGUCGUUAUAAAUUUAUGAAUCAGGCUCAGAAACCACUGCAGUCUGGCCACUGUGCAGACGGAUCAUGCUGACUUCUCCAGUGAGCAGGACGUCUCUUCCGAGCCAUCUGUCACUCGGGUCCCGAAGCUCCAGAAGGCUUUUGUCUUCAAUCCAUGGAGACCUUUCGGUCUCUCACUUCAAACCAAAGGGCACACAGUCCAGGUGGGAUUCUGGGUCUCUUCCCCCGAUCUGGGAAUUCCACUGGAUCUAAGUCAAAAUGAUCUUAAGGACCCCUUGGACACAAAGCCCCGAGUGGGCCCGGGUCAGUGGGGUGUCCCUGUGUCUGCUUCCCAAGCCCGACCCAAGCUCAUCCUCAUUGAAUUUCUCAUUUGGCCAAGGAACAAGAGAGCCAUGCGGAUUGGCAUUUACCUUUCAGUUUUCUUCCCACCCCACACCCCGCCCCUGCCGAGGUUAGCGGGAGCCUAUUUUGCAGGGUUGCGUGAAAACAAGGCACUUCUUUGCAAGGUGUCAGCCUGUUUAGCCACUACCACGUGACCUGCAAAGCACCCGUCAUCAUAGAAAUGAUUGUUUUUUAUUGUUUACUGUAUCCGACUUUACUGAGUACUCAGAGAAAAGGGCCCAGGUGGCUGCCUCACUUACAAAUGUUGGACUCAGUGCCCACCUGAGCUCAGGAAAAGCUAUUUGCUGCAGACGGUUGUGACGAUGCUGACCUGUGGAAGCAGGUCCGGCGUCCUACUUUGCACAGCACUUCUUGUGUCUGGAUUGAGCUGCUGCUUUGCACGUGUGUCGCUGCGUCCUGGCUGCUCUGAGCACCCUGGGUCAUGCUCAGAGGAGCCUCCUUCUCAGGUGGAAAAUCAGGGGCUGACACGCCUCGGUUCCAUACUCUGGAGAGAGCGGUGUGCUUCGAGGGUGACGGGGCCUGGCGGUAGGCCUGGUCUGUGCUUAGCUGUCCAGCGUGCCCAGCGUGUGUCUGCGGCCACCAGUCUUGGCGGGUGAGCUGUGGUCAAGCCGCUGCCUCUGCUCGGCGGGUCCAGGCUCCCGUCUCCCCAGCCCUUGGCCCUGGGGACAGGUGAGAGCAGGUGUGGGCCCCACUGCCUGCCUCUGUGUGCUCUUAAAGGACAGUCUGCAAGCCACGUUGUUUCCCCCACUGUGAGGCAAGUUUUUAUCAUUUUUCACGUCUCUAGAACUUGAAGGGACCUUGGAGCACAUUCAGCCCUGCCUCCUCUUUUAUGUGGGGUCAAAACGAAGCUCAGAGAGACCAGAGACUGGCCCGAGACCUCGCAGCUGGUGCGUGGGGAAUGCAGGGUCCGGCCACCCUGUGUUGCACCGGGCCCCAUGUCUGGGGGAGGGAGAGCCCAGGCGAGCACACACGAGAUGGCGGAGCUUUUCCUCUCCAGCAACCCCCGUGUGGCUUCCGCACGGAACUGGGGAGAGGCCAGGGCCGCUGGGCAGUGGCUCCACUUAGUCCCCAGAGUGGAAGGAUUUGAUUAGCAGGUACUGUUUGCCAGCUCCUGAGAUAAGGGCUUUAUAGGUGGGAGAGGGUACAACCACUGUGCCUGGUGCACAGAUCAGGAAACUGAGGCAGAGAGAGAGGUUGAACAACUAGCUCGAGGUUAUGUAGCUGAAAAGUGGCAGAAGUAGGAUGUGUCCCCAAGCUGUCGGGGCCACCGUGUGUGUGUGUGUGUGUGUGUGUGUGUGUGUGUGCAGCACUGCCCUGCGGCCUCCCAGGCCGUGAGCAGACUCUUCUCCGUGUUCCAGGGCUGCAGGGGCCGGCUGCAUCGGCUGCUCCUGCUGCAUUUCCAGGGGACGUCCUCAGGGCCCUGCAGUCUGCCUCCCAGGGGGACCGUGGCCGGGGCCGUCUGUCUCCUGUACCACCAGCACCUCCGCUGUCGGACUGGAGUCCGAGCUCUUCUCCAGCCUUAGGAGGGUGACCCUGCAAGGCCACGCUUCCAUCCGCAGUCCACCGUCCCCUCUGCUGGACCGUCCCACAGGCACACAGACAGGCUGCCAUUUCCCGUGUGACAACUCCUGUCCGGUCCCGUGGCCUUGGUGGCAGCAGCCCACGCGGGGCCGUGCGUGUUUGCUGCACCCCCGGGCCUUCCUGUCUUUCUGAGCUCCCCCGGCGGACGUGUGCACCCUGCACUCCAGGACUUCUGCCGGCCCGUGUUGCUGGGUCGUGCGGGCCGUUCUUGGCCCUUGUCAUGUGUGACCAGGAGCUGGUCUCAGCCGCUUCCCCGGGAGAGUCUCGUGUCUUCUGCUCCCGCGGGGCUUCCCUCCUGCUCGCGGGUCGCGCCUCUGCGUCUCCUUCGCUUCUUCCUUGUCUCUGCUCUGCCCGGCUAGUGCCGGUGUAGCCUGGGCUCGGCCUGGGCCACUUUCUCCCCUGGUUGCUCCACGUCCUCCGGGGCUCGUCCUGUCUCAUGGCUGCAGAUGUCCUCUGUUAUGGUGACAGUGUCCCCAUUUAUCUCCUGCCAGAACUUUCUUGCCCUUCAAUCUCAUAUAAUCAAGUACUGUGUACUUGAUUUCACCUAAUGAGCAAAUCCAGCGCUGCACUUCUGAUCACCCUCAGCCAUCUGUCCCGACCGCAGCCUCCCCAGCUGGGUCAUGGCCGCUCCACCCCUCCUGCCGCGAAAGAAAGUCAAAGACCCUGGAGCCGCCCCCCCCCGCCCCCCGCCCGACUCCUCUCGCUCAGCUGCGGCAUCAGGAAAGGCUGCCGGCCCGACAUUCAGGUUAUGUUCAGAAGCCGACCACUUGCCGCCCCUCCACGGCGGCCCCCUGUGCAAGCCCCUGUCGCCUCCCCCUGUGUCCCUGCGGUAGUCUCCGGCCUGGUCUCAGCUUCCACCAUGGCGUCCCCUUGCUCUGCUCCCAACGGCAUCCAGAGUGGUCCUUUGAAAGUCUCACUUCUCUGCUCAAAACCUUCCCGUGGCUCUUCUGUGUCCGAGCAAAAGCCACAUGCUCAAUUCUGCCGUCUGCCUGUCACUCCCUCAUCUCAUCCCAUCCCGGUUCCCCUGGCUCCCUCGGCCUCCCUGCUGCUCCUGGCACAUCCACCUCGGGGCCUUUGCACCCCUGCUCCUCCGCCAGGAACGCCCUUCCCCCAGAUGGCUUGUGGCUCCCUCCUCUGCCUCCUUCAAGUCUCGGGCCAGCGUCCCCUUCGGCGAGGCCUGCCCUGACCCCCUUAUGUGAAAUCGCAUCUCGGUCCACUCCCCUGUCCCCUAACUGAUAUUCUUUCCAUUGCACUACAGUUUCUAAUAAAGCAUAUAGUAUCUAA